AGACGGGUCCUUUCCCACGUUGUGUUAGCAGGAAGACAAUGGUUGACCGUCCUCUGCUGAAGCAGCCACAUCGCACUUGUUAGACCUAUGGAGAGUCACUGAGGAGCGUUUGGACGUUGGCCACAGACGGUGUCACCACAGGGGCUGUAACAAUGUCAGUUAACCGGUGUAUGUCUUUAUUUUCUCGGCUUCGGCCCCACGUUAACAGCCGCACUCCCCGCGUCACCGCUGGUGGCGGCGGUCGUUUGUCUGCGGGGUCUGGUUCGUCACACAGACAACAGCGGGCUGGUUCCGCCUCAUCGAGCAGCUCCCCCCCGAAAGGCCCGGACACUUCUCUGUUCGUCCCCGUCUCGGUGAGGACGGACCUCUCGGCGGAUGGGAGUGUGGGGGCAGAGCUGGCCCAGCCGCUGCAGAAAGAUAAACUACUGAAGCUUUUCAACCGGUUUUAUACGAGGAAGGAGAUGCAGAAGCUGGCAGCAGACCAAGGCCUGGAUGCUCGUCUGUUCCACCAGGCCUUCGUCAGCUUCAGGAAGUUUGCCCUGGAAGUGUCAACACUCCCCGCGGAUCUGCACAUCAUCCUCAGUGACAUCUGCUGUGGAGCAGGUCACAUAGAUGACAUCUACCCAUACUUCAUGCGUCACGCCAAGCAAAUCUUUCCCAUGCUGGAGUGUAUGGAUGACCUGAGAAAGAUCUCAGACCUCAGAGUCCCUGCCAACUGGUACCCUGAGUCUCGUGCCAUCCAGAGGAAAGUGAUUUUCCAUGCUGGUCCCACGAACAGUGGUAAAACCUACCAUGCCAUCCAGCGCUACCUGGCUGCUAAGUCUGGAGUCUACUGUGGUCCUCUGAAACUACUGGCCCACGAGAUCUUUGAGAAGACCAAUGAUGCUGGUGUGCCAUGUGACUUGGUUACAGGAGAGGAGAGGGCAAUUAUGGACACGGAGGGUCGAGCUGCCAGUCAUGUCGCCUGCACCAUUGAGAUGUGUAGUGUCACCACGCCUUAUGAGGUCGCUGUAAUCGAUGAGAUUCAGAUGAUCAGAGAUCCUGCCAGAGGCUGGGCCUGGACCAGAGCACUGCUGGGUCUCUGUGCAGAGGAGAUCCAUGUGUGUGGAGAGCCUGCAGCCAUCGACUUUAUCAGAGAGCUGAUGUACACCACUGGAGAGGAGGUGGAGGUGAACACCUACCAGCGUUUAACUCCAUUCUCAGUCUUGGAUCAGGCUUUGGAGUCUUUAGACAAACUGAGACCGGGAGAUUGUAUCGUCUGCUUCAGUAAAAAUGACAUCUACUCCAUAAGCAGACAGAUUGAGAUCAGCGGACAGGAAUGUGCUGUGAUUUAUGGGAGCUUACCUCCAGGCACCAAGCUGUCACAGGCCAAGAAGUUCAAUGACCCGGAUGACCCCUGCAAGAUCCUAGUUGCUACCGAUGCCAUUGGAAUGGGCCUUAACCUGAGUAUAAAGCGUAUCAUCUUCAACAGUCUGGUGAAGCCUAAUGUCAAUGAGAAGGGGGAGAAACGGAUGGAGACCAUCAGCACAUCACAGGCUCUGCAGAUAGCCGGCCGUGCAGGGAGGUUCUCCUCCAAGUUUUCAGAGGGAGAAGUUACCACCAUGUACAGAGAUGAUGUGCCUAUCCUAAAGGAAAUACUCAGCCAACCGGUAGACCCCAUAGAGACUGCAGGUCUCCAUCCCACAGCAGAGCAGAUCGAGAUGUUUGCCUAUCAUCUACCUGAUGCUACACUAUCCAACCUUGUUGACAUAUUUGUCAGCCUCUCUCAGGUGGAUGGUCUGUAUUUCGUCUGCAACAUUGACGACUUCAAGUUUCUGGCUGAUAUGAUUCAGCAUAUCCCGCUCAACCUGAGGUCCCGCUACGUCUUCUGCACGGCUCCCAUCAACAAGAAACAAACUUUUGUAUGCACCUCCUUCUUGAAGUUUGCGCGUCAGUUUAGUCGAGAUGAACCCCUGACCUUUGACUGGGUCUGUCGCCAUGUCAGCUGGCCUCUCGCUCAACCUAAAGACAUUAAAAACCUGAUUCACUUGGAAGCUGUUCAUGAUGUGUUGGAUCUUUACCUCUGGUUAAGCUACCGUUUCAUGGACAUGUUUCCAGACACCAAAUUGGUUCGGGAAAUCCAGCAGGAGCUUGAUGAUAUCAUCCAACAGGGCGUGAGAAGUAUCACUCGUCUCAUCAGAGCCACAAACCAAAGCAUAACGAACCCACUACAGACACAGAACAGCAAGCCUGGACAAACAAGUGAUAACAGUAAUAAAACUGCUGAUCGUAAUUCUCCGACACACCCCAGAGCUAAGAGGGGACCGAGCGGAGACAACACUCUAGCCAGUCGCCUUGUAAGAGAAGGACUGUUGACUCCUGGUUUGCUCCAGCAGCUGCAGAGGGAGUGGUCCAAGCAGGAGUUAAUCAAUCAGUAUGCACUCGAUACAGAACAUCACGAUAGUAACAACAAAGGGAAAAAGAAAUGAAGAGGAAGACCUUUGCGUCUUGAUGGUUGCACAAAGUCUAUGCUGUUUCCAUGGAGAUCAAUAACCGAUAAAAGCCUUGGAUAAUAUCUGGUGUUUUGAAAUGGGAUCAUGAUUUUGGUGAGUUGAAGGGGAUCUGUGAUCAUUUUCUAGCCAUGGAUGGAUCAUAAAAAGAUUUUAGCUUGAGCUGUAAAACACCUAAAUGUCGUUUGGAAACGAGCAGUGUUUUAUUUUCUAUUCUAAGAUUUGCACCAUAAUACAGUGACAUUAAGGUUGGCAUGUAAUCUAACAAUUUUGACUGUGCUAAAAUUUCACAUUAUAUUUUUUCUUCCAAUCCACAAAUAUACUAAUACUAAUAACGGAAAUUAGAAAUUAUCGCCGGUUCCGGAUCUUGUGAGCUACUGUCUACGUUCUUGGACCCUCUGAAGUAUUGGGUACCUGGUGGAAGAUUCUCCCUUUUCAGUGGAAGAAGAAAAAAACUCACAGAAUCACAUUGGGAACUAAUUUUAAAAAGUCAAAUUGGACCAACACCAAACUUGGCUGAUCCGACUUGGAUUGGAUUUACAAGAAAUAGACCCAUUGUCUUGGAUCGUUUUGGGAGAUGCUGUGUCCCACGUCAGAGUUACUACUGGCCCACAGUUCAAACUGGCAAGAAACAUUUUUAACCACAAGAAUGUUUCAGUGAAAGUCACAGUCAUAAAUGGACAGUCAUUUUGGAAGCAAGUAGUUGGAAAUAGAGUAAACUGUACUGCACAAUUAUUAUGCAAGUGUGGAAUUGGUUUACCUUGCUCAUUAUGUGCAGAACUUAAGAACAGCACAAGAGUAUAUAUCAAACUUAUUUUGUGGAAAACCUGAAUCAUUGAUUUACCUUGUUAGUUUUUAUACAGAUGAGAUACCAUAUUUUUUCUUGUUUGUAUAUUUGCGUUGCUGACAUUAGUCAAUUAAAAAACAUCUAUUGUUUUAAUGGUUCUACAUUUUAUAUGCUGAAGGGAAAAGUCUGUAAUAUGAUGGUUCAUCAAUGUCAAUGAUUCGGUCAAAACUAUUGCUAUAUACUGUAAAAUGUAUGUACCGAUUAUAACCAAACUGCAAGUAUACAGAAGUAAAGAUAAGUUCAUGUAAUAUGGGAA